AUGCUCGACGUCGAGGAGCACCGCUUCACGAUGGACAGCGGCACGCUCCUCGGCUCCGAGUGGUACAUCUACGACGCCAUCAUCUUCCUCGUGCCCCUCGCCUGCAACUUCAUGCUCGAGGAGGACUCCAAGGUCAGCCGCCUGGAGGACUUGAUCAUGCUCUGGAAGGAGAUCUGCUAG